ACGUAAAAAGAAUUUCAGAAUGAUAAAGUAGUCAUUAUUAAACUUCAUAUGUAUAAAUCCCCAUUGAUCAUUGUUAUUUACUGCAGUCAUGGCAUCAGAGCCGAUUGAAGUGGCAGCUGUAGGAAGACCUCUGUAUGCUGGUAUGCUGUAUGACUGCCGCAAGGACACCUUCAUUCCAGGUGUUACUCUGUGGGAUAAGAAGUCACUGAGUGAAGAUUUGGACAGUCGUCCACAGCCCAUGACAGAUCUGAAGUUCAGUAGCUCCGACUCUCUCUCUAGUAAGUCCAGUCUCCUGGAUGUAAGCGCUUCCCUGAAGGCCAGCUUCUUGGGAGGGCUGGUGGAGGUGGGAGGAUCUGCCAAAUACCUGCGUGACACCAAAUCCUCAAACCAACAGUCCAGAGUUACAAUGUAUUACAAAGAAACCACCAGAUUUGACCAGCUCACCAUGUCCCAGCUGGGCCAGAUCACCUACCCUAAGGUGUUUGACCAGAAAACUGCGACUCAUGUGGUCACGGCUGUACUGUACGGAGCUCAGGCCUUCAUGGUGUUUGAUCGGACAUUUUCAGAAGAAGAAAACAAGCAGAAGAUUGAGGGAGAACUCAAUGUCAUGGUCAAGAAGAUCCCUGGAUUUUCUAUUGAGGGAAAAGGAGCUAUAGAUAUGACAGAUGGUGAAAAGAAAAUGGCUGAGAGCAUCUCCUGCACAUUUCAUGGUGACGUCCGCCUUGAGCAGAACCCCAGCACUUUCAUGGAGGCCCUGGAGGUGUACAAGAAGCUCCCCACUAUCCUGAAGGAGAAUCCACAGAAUGCAGUUCCGAUAAAAGUCUGGCUCUAUCCUCUUUCUCAACUGGAUACAAAAGCAGCUCAGUUGGAGAGAGAAAUCACCACGCGUCUGGUUUCCAGCACUGAAGAUAUAAUAGAGGGGCUGUUAGAGGCAGAGAGGACAUGCAACGAUCUCUCAAAUAAAACACUGGUUAAUGUUUUCAAAGACAUCAAAGAGAGGCUCAGUUCAUUUCAGGACUGUCUUAACAUUUACAAAAUGGCACUCAUGAAAGCUGUGGCCAAGGUCUUGCCUGCUAUACGAGGAGGAGAGAUGGAGGAAAAGUCACUGGAAGACAUCCUGAGUAUCCACUACAGCUCCCCUUUUAAUGCUGAAAUACUUAACCAGUGGUUAGAUCAUGCAAAGUUUGAACUUGACCUCUUGAGUUCUCAAACCAAGAUUCUGGAGGAAAUCACAACUGAAGACGCAGACAGUCUCAACAUCCUCCUCCUUAAUCCUGAUAUUGAUGUUUUGGUGUGCUUGACCUUCACAUCUCUGAAGUAUGAAGACCAGUAUCUUUCAACCCUAAAGGAGUUUCUGAAAUCUGACGAGUUUAAAAAGCUAGGUGUGGGAAUGAAACCGUGUUCUCGCACGUUAGCAUCAGAAGAGUGGUUCAACGAUCCUGGUGUUGUCUCAAAGAUGAGAGAGAACUUAUCUCUUUUCAGAAGUUUUUCAGAGGCUAACAAAGAUGAAAAGAGAUACCGAUUCAUUUUAUCUGCAAUUUCCGAUCCAUCCAGUCCAGGCUCCUCCAUCUAUCUGUAUGAAAAGGGGAAGCUGACAGACACACAGUUCCAGCCCGUGUCGAAGCCUCCCCCUCCAGAAGUGAAGGAGCGCAGUGUGUCCCUGAAACUGCAGAAGUCUCCGACUGGAGAAACUGUGCAGUACAGAGUGGAGUACCAGCAGGUGAAAGCAGAUUCUGGUGCUGAGGAACAGUGGCUUGUCAAAAACACACCUGAUGAAGACUUUACUCUGACUGGAUUGGAGUUUGAAAAGCAGUACUUGAUCCGCUACAGGAUAGUGGGUAAAGUGGGAGUGAGUGAAGCCAGUGACACUAUCAGUGCCAUAGGUAAGUGUCAUAUGCACUUUUUUUUUUUUUUUUUUGCAUUAAUCUUUUUCUUAUAUAUAUAUAUAUAUAUAUAUAUAUAUAUAUAAUCUUAUUUGCUUCAUUUACACAGUCAAUGUUUGUAUUGACAACCAUAUUUCCUAACAGGUGUGGCUAUUAAUAAACGUGUAACAUGUUGAAAAGUGUUUCCAAUUUGACUUGAUAUAUGAACGUAUUUUAUCCUUUGUUCAUGUUGUUACAAAUAGUCCAAAGUUACAAAUGUCUAUCUAUCUAUCUAUCUAUCUAUCUAUCUAUCUAUCUAUCACAUGAGACAUUUAUUGAUCAAUCAGUGUCUCUUUGAAAAAGAAUAAUACGGAGAUCAAGGUUUAAUCCAGUCGUAUGAAGCAUUAUGAUUACUUUGUAUGAUGUCUACAGAAG